AUGGAAACCCGCACUCAGCUAAAAAUAGAAGAAGCGUUAAACAAAGAGGAACAAGACAAAGCCAUUCAAGCCGGCAAUGAUAAAAGAAUUGAAACCAAAAUAAUUACGUUAGAAGAAAAUAUUUUUGAAGAACUAAAAGAGCUAGUUGUACCAACACAAGAAAAUUCAGAUGACGAACAACAAAAAGAAUUCGAACAAAAUUUCAAACUGCCUAUUUUUUUUCCAAGCAAAACCGAACUAGACAACAACACCACUAAAUAUCAAUUUAUAAAAAUCGGUGGGGACAAAUUAACUUAUGCGGAAUUUAUUGACCUCUUAAAAACCAAAAACGAAGAUUUUUUAAGGGCGUUUAGAGAAGAACUAAAAGAAAUUGGGUUAGAAAUAGGCGGCUAUUUUUGGGAAUGUGUUCCCGUAACAAAAAAUGAUACUAAUAGAAAAUUUGAAUUUGUCGUGGUUAAAUCAGCAGCAUUAGAUAAUAUCAGGCAAAAUUAUUCAGAUUUCCAAGAACACAUUGACGAAUCCAAAGACAAACUCGCUUGUAGUUUUCCCAAUUUAGGAGGAGACGCAACUUUAAUCAUUCCUCUCCCCAAAAAAAAAGGAAGCAAUGAACUUGAUUAUAAAAACCUAAAAGAGUUUAGUGAUAACGCCCCUGAGAAGCAGUGA